CAUGUGUGAGAUAAGGUUGCAUUUUCGGGGUUUGGGGCUCGAUUUAAGGCCAGCGCUUGCUAGAUGGAUACUACCUUGCCCCUUCUGGCUCUUUUGGGGCAGUAUAGAAAGUUCGUGCUCGAGAGAAAUGCACGAGAGUGCACAAACUAGUCUCAUGCUUCUGUCGCAUGUUGGAGAUCACUCGUUGGAAAAGACGGUUUUUGAUAGGGCUUUGAUAGUUGCACCGCCUGAUAUACACUUUGAGGAAGAAUGAUCGCUUUUUCGGAAGUACUAUCAUAGAAAAUGCUUGGCAAGGCGCUCAUGUGUUGCCUUUAUCUCUUGUUGCAACGACACUAGGGCACAGAUCAAAUUUAGUAGCACCAAAACGAAGUAAUAGAAAGAUUCCCCACGUUGAUUUUGGGUAUUAAGGUCCCAGAGCAAACAGUUGCUAGAACGGGAGAACUUGAGCUUGAUGAUACCAAAGUUGUCGCCAGAGGGGCUUUCAUUGGGGAUGGGAGAGUUGCUCAUUAUCAGAGCAUUCAGAGAAUGCAACCAUCUGCUAAUGUGAUGGAUGGAUGAAGUCUUUCUCGAUUGCUCGAAUGAACCGUAGGUCGACAAUGAAAGGUGCCAACACAUUUCAUCUUGUCUCGCAAAUACCGUCCGAUAAUUGCUACAGCCAACGGUGACAACACAACACAAAUAGUCUCCCUCAUUGUACCAGUCUGCCAUGGACAACUUGGUAGAUUAUGAGAAAGAACAAAUUGCAUGAACAAGAGAUGUUAUCCAUUGAUAGGUGAAAAUGGUGAAGAGGAAGAAAGAGAAAAAGAAUGAUCUCCAUAAACUACCCAGCGCUAAAGCUUCGACCACGCUUCCCGCAUCCCAGCUACAAUCGACUACGUCAAGAUCUACAUUAGGUCUUUUAUAUCAAAAAGUAUUUGAUCCAAGACAACCUCCAACUUUUGUUUAUGGACUUUUUAAUUCUGCAUAUUUAUCUUUAAUUCCCAAACCCCAUAUCAAAAUGUCAAUUGAUAACGCAAAAGUCUUGAAAACAGAGCCAUUGGACCCUGCCAAAGCAAAAUGGACAAAACUCGUGUUCUGAUACCUUUGCGAACAUUCAGAUCAACGUAUCGCGAUCCUCGAGGAAAAGUUCGUAAUUGGGAACAUGCGGAACGAUCUACUCGACCGAAAUCAUCUGAGAUAGACGGCGUUGGAAUUGUUGCCAUAAUACAAAAGGAGACCGGCCCGGAAUUAGUAUUACAGAAGCAAUACCGACCACCGUUGGAUAAAAUAGUGAUCGAAGUACCCGCUGGACUCAUCGAUGAAGGGGAAACUGCAGAGGAAGCAGCUCUAAGAGAGCUGAAAGAAGAGACUGGCUAUGUUGGAGUGUUGAGCGAGAGUACACCCAUAAUGUUUAAUGAUCCAGGAUUUUGCAAUACGAACCUCAAAAUGGUGCAUGUUACGGUUGAUAUGUCCAAUCCAGCCAACCAGGACCUAGUGCCCGAACUCGAAGAGAACGAAUUUAUUGAAGUAUUCACUUUACCUCUGAAGGAUCUAUGGGAGACGUGUAAAAAAUGGGAGAAAGAUGGAUAUGCGAUAGAUGCCCGAGUAGGAACGUUGGCUGAAGGCAUUGAAGUUGCUAGGACACUGAAUUUAUUCUCAAAAUAAGGCACGAGAACGAAGUUACAAUAGAUAGAUGUACAUAAUAAUAAUAAUAAUAUGCGGUACACGUUAGUGUUGAUACAUAUGUAGGAAUGCUGCUUAGGAAUUCAAGGUAAUGUCGUUUAAUUCAGAAGCAAUCAUUUCGUGCAUGUGAUUCUAAAGUUUCAUAGCUUUCCUGUUCGCUUCAAUCCGUCAUAGAGAGCCCAAGCAGUCAAAGCCUUACUAUCCCUCGCGCCCUCCUUCCACAAAUCCUCCAGCUUCACCAGUUUAAGUGUGAUCUUCUCACCAUCGUCCCUCAACCCCGUAAGCUUUCCCGUAGUCUCCUUCAACUCGUCUCUUGAGAUCUUCUUCUCAUGCAAGAAGACUUGGAUAUACUCAUCACAGCCCCCGGCACUAGGAAACAUUGCCCUCGGUAACACUUCUCCCUCUUUGUUCUCUCCGUCAUCAAUAGCCAGUUCGCUCAAGUUAGUCAAUUGAUUUGCCGGUAUUGUCCAGCCCAGCUCCUCUUCAAUUUCCUUUGCAGCUGCCCCUUUAAAUGUUCCAUCAUCAACCAUACCGGCUGGUAACUCAAUAAAUGCUAAACUCCCUGAAGCAGGUCGAGGUUGAACAGUCAUUACAACCCAUCUUUCCGCGUCAGGUUUCUUGGCAUCUUCAGGUUGAACAAUGACCAUCAUUCCAACACUUGGGCCUCGGAGGAAGAUAUCCCCGGGCAAAGACUCGCCUGCUUCAUUUGUGAUUUUACUGCUGAUCUUGAUAAAACCGAUGCGCUUGCCCCAGCGGUCGAGUGAUUGAAUCUUAACAGAACGGAGCUGAUAGGGGUCGGAAUGGAAGGGAUGAUCAGAGGAUUUACCUUGUAGAGCGAGAGAUUCCGUUAGGCGAUUAUGCCAUGACUGUGAAGGCUGGAAAAUUCAAUAAUUCAUCCUCGGUGAUACCUUCACAAAGUGUAACCUCCACGUUACUGUCUUUGAUUUGGAAAGUAGACAUUUUGAUAGCAGUAGUUUGGUAUCCCUUGUAAUGGAAUCUGGAGAACGGUGGAAAUAGCCUUGUGAGGAUGAGUGAUGUAAUUGAGGAUUUCAAGAUGAUUUUAUGCAUACGGAGUACAACCUUUGUACUUUAUAGCGACUAUUAGUCUGCAUGUAAACCGAACCAUUACUACAAAAUCUGCCGAACAUAUUGGGUGAAAU